AUGAAUUCGGAAGCAUCAGGAAUUCCGUCGACAUCAGUGGCAUUCAUGAACAUGAGGAGUUCAGAUUCAGAUGCAAAUAUCACUUACCGUAUACAGCUAGCAAGUCUUCCAGAAUCCGUAAUUUAUCGGGUACUUUCAUAUUUGAGCCAUCCGGAGUUGUUGCAGGCUCAACGUGUCAACAAACAAUUUUAUAGAUUGGUCAGACGGAAUGUUCAUUUACUGUGUCGACCGGAAGUAAUGGAAAUGGGGAUUGGCAUGUGCGGUUGUGAGAAACGAGUUCGACCAUUUGGACGGUUGCAAACAUCGUUGGUUUUGAAAGCAAGUAGAAGAAGACGUUUAUUUGUGAAAUUCACUCGGAAGACACCUUCCGUAGUGAAAUAUCGUGAAAUUUUUAAGGAUGAGGAUUACACUGGUGACCGCAACGAUUUAUCAGAAAAUUUGCUAAGUUAUUUGGAUCAACAGUUCAAGGAAGCAAACAUUCAUGGCAUACUUUCAUUUUCGGGCAUUGCCAUCACUACUGAUUUAUAUAAUAGCUUGUGCAAAAGUUGGGUCAGAAUUGACAAUGCUACACGUUUAGUGUUCACAUUAUGUCAUUUUCGAUUACCGCUGGAGUAUUUAUAUGAAUUACUGAUACGUACACAUUGUCAACGACUGACCAUUGAACUUUCUUAUUUCGAGCAGUGUUUUCUCGAUGAUCUGGUUUUGGAAGCAAUGUCGGAGUGUCAGGAGUUGAUUCUGAGCAGUGCAACUCCCGUAUAUUUCUCUCGAUUUACUGAUAAUUCACUGCAUCGGUGGGCCGUUCAGGAGAAGUUACCCAAAAAGAUUCUUUUUCGCAAUAUCCGGACUAAUUUCACAUUUGAUGGAGUCAUAACUUUGAUUAAUGCACUACAAAUUCGGUAUCCUGAGUUAUUUUCCAAUAGUGUUCAAUCCAUGGCAGCUGUUGGUUGUUGGAGAAAAACAGUAUAUGACUGGGACUUCGGUUGUAUAGCAUUACCGGAACAGAAUGAAGGCAACAGUAUUGUCGAACUACUGAGUAUACCGGGUGUGGUGACACAUAUUUCCCGUUCAUACAACCUUUCAAACACAGUUGAUGUUACCAUUAAUUCUAAGGAUUUUUAUUUAAGCACAACGAAAUGUCAAGUUUCAAUUAGGCUCCAACUUGGUAUUUCUUCUCAAAAAGACUUAUGA